GGUUUAAUGCAGCGGUGUUUGAGUUCAGACUGAAGUCAGUCAUUCAGUGCUGCUGCACGAGAAAUGAUCAAACUGAGUCUCUCAGACCUGCAGCCUGUGAAAAUAACACGCUCUUAAAUGCUUGUGAACUGCAAACGCCUUAAAUAAAGAGGAAAUCACUUGAGUGUGUGAGGGACAUGAGAGAAGAGUCCGUCUGCGCUCACAACAGCAGCCUGAUGGGAGAAGCAGAAUGUCAUCGUCUGUCCACCGGUUCGUCUGUGGGGACUCCGGAUCCACGGGCCGCAGACGGCUGUUCUCUGUCCAGCUCUGAGCCUUCAGAGGACGGCCGGCCGGUCAGCAUUGUGUCCACCGUCUCGUCCGAGUCAUCCGUGGAGGGCAGCUGCGGCUCCCUGACCGCAGGAGCUGAUAUCGGCCUGGAGCUCAGUCCUCAGGAGGCUCCUUCAGAUCCUCCAGAUCUGCUCGGCUUGGACUGGCCAGUUGAAGAACCAUCGGUCACUACACCAGACUCUCCGUCACCGUUCGCAUCCGUCACAAUGGCCCCGAACCCUCAGCUCACACACGUGGAUCGUGUCGUGAUGGAGAUUAUCGAGACGGAGCGGAUGUACGUCAGAGAUCUGCGUAGCAUCGUAGAGGAUUAUCUUGUGCACAUCAUUGACACCAAGGACCUCCCAAUCAAUCCAGAGCACGUGUGUUCGCUGUUUGGGAAUAUUGAACACAUUUAUGAGUUCAACAGUGAGUUAUUACAGUCUUUAGACAUGUGUGCCAGUGAUCCUGUGGCCAUCGCACGCUGCUUUGUGGACAAGAGCGAGUAUUUUGAGAUCUACACGCAGUACUGUACAAACUACCCGAAUUCGGUGGCGGUGUUGACAGAGUGUCUGAGGAAUGAAACUCUGGCCAAGUUCUUCCGGGAUCGUCAGGCGUCUCUCAAGCGCUCUCUUCCGUUGGGUUCUUACCUGCUCAAACCAGUUCAGAGGAUCCUCAAAUAUCACCUGCUGCUUCAGGAAAUCGCCAAGCAUUUCGACCCUGAGGAGGACGGGUACGAGGUGGUGAUCGAGGCCAUAGACAGCAUGACGGGAGUCGCCUGGUACAUCAACGACAUGAAGAGAAAACACGAGCACGCCGUGAGACUUCAGGAGGUCCAGUCUCUGCUCAUAAACUGGAAUGGUCCGGAUCUGACCACAUUCGGCGAGUUGGUUCUGGAAGGAACGUUUCACGUCCACCGCGCCAGAAAGGAGAGAACCCUGUUCCUGUUCGAUAAGAUGCUGCUCAUCACCAAGAAACGAGGAGAACUUUACGUCUACAAGACUCACAUCUCGAGUUCCACACUGAUGCUGAUAGAAAGUGCCAAAGAUUCGCUGCGCUUCAGCGUGACGCAUUACAAGCAGCCCAAGCAGCCGCACACGGUUCAGGCCAGAACGGUGGAGGAGAAGAAACUGUGGGCUCAUCACAUAAAGAGACUCAUUCUGGAGAACCAUCACGCCGUUAUCCCGCAGAAAGCCAAAGACGCGAUCCUGGACAUGGACUCCACAUGUCCAGUGAAGUACCGCUACAGUCCAGACCGGCUGAAGAAAGCGUCGUCUUGUCAAAAUGACGAUUUCUCUGAUGUGUUACAGGAACGGAGACGCUCUGAACCGGCUAAACGAUCUGUACGAAGCACUAAAGGAACGCUUAAGCAUGCAGACAGCGAAGGUACUCUAUUAGUGGAUAAAGACCGUCUUUCCAUGCUGCCCAAAACCACAAACUCAAACCCAGAACUCAAGACUACGGAGCCAGGAAUGAUUCAGAACGGACAACAUCAUGAAUCCAGCACAGGUUCGCUGGAUGACCGUGAGAAAGCAAAGAGCGCAGAGGACAGAAUAGGAGGAGAUAAUGUUGAAGAGGAAGAUCUGAUGGGAGUCGAGCAGGUAGCAGACUUUGCCACUUCAGUGUUGGCCGCCAUCUCCUGCUGGCAUUAUAGGGCCAAGGCUUUGCUUUUCAAUCAGUUCAUCACGGACAGAGAAGGUUGUUGGGAAAAUUGGCCAAUGAACCAAAGCAGCCAAACACCCACUAAAGAAAAACAUGAUGAUACAAGUGAAAGUUUGACUCUCUUUGAACAGAGCUCAACUGGGGAACGCAGUUCACCGAAGGUCUUUUCUCCUCUCAGAGAGUCAGAGGAAACGGGGAUGAACCAAUCAGAUGAUUAUCCCAAAAUCUCUGGGAUAAUAAUGGCAGGAUGCCACACCGAUCCAGAGAUAAUAGACUUCAAUACUGGAGGACAAAGAAUUGGCGAUAAUGUUGAGGACAGUGUGCAUUUCUCAUCUCCUCCUGGACUAGAAGAGCACCUCUCAGAAGAUGUGCAGAACAUGGAGGUAGAUGUUGAAGCACCUGGUGGCCUCUUGUCUUCAUCUGUUCUGGACAAGGAAAGCAAUAUCUCCGAGCGAUGUGCCAGCAGUCUCUUUCAAAAUACUAGUCUAGGAGUCGAAGAGUCUUUUGACUUGGGCUGCCCCUCUUCUCAAUUGGAAAGUAGAAGCAGUUUGCUCAGCUGUGGUGCCGAGCCCCGUGAGAAAGACAAAGGCCUUGAGUUUAGACGGUCCACUCCAGAACCAUUAACAGAGACUGUUCCCGACAGCCUGUUUAUACCAAACCAAAGAUCUCAAAUGAAUCCGGAUACCCUUUCCAAAAACGACAGAUUGCUCAUACAUAAGAUUCGAAGGUACUAUGAACAUGCUGAGCACCAGGAUGCAAGCUUUGCCGUCAAACGCAGAGAGAGCCUUUCGUACAUCCCUGCAGGCCUAGUCCGUAAUCUGAGCCAACAACUCAAUGACCUUGCAGACGAGGAUUUAGCAUUGCAUAAGAGGGUCCCUUCCAUCACAAGGCCAACUUUAUGGUCAGUCUUUAAUCUAUCAGGCUUGGGGGUCGACAAGAAAGCAAAGGAUAGCUCUGAUUUUGUGGUCCCUGCAAAUGGCAAAGAGUCCAACCUUCGAGAUCUAAGUGGGAAUGAUGAAUUCCAGUCUGCAUCUGAUAUGGCUAAAGCGUGGCAAGACAUGGAGAUGGAGAUAACUGGGACUUCUGAACGACAUCAGGACUCGGAGGAUUCCCAAAUGACUACACCUGGUGAAGAAAAGAAAGCAGAAACCAGUAAGGGGAGCUUGGAUAGCGGACUUGGGGAACCUCUGGUAAUACUGGAAGAGACCGAUGAAAGCUUUUCCUCGUCCCCAAUCAACAACGUCUUAGAAAAGGACAAGAUGCAAGAGUCCCUAAGGCAUCCAAAUGAGGAACACAAGUUACAAGAGCACCACAAUGUUGACCACACUUCUUUACCAAAGAGCAUCUCCUUACGGUCUGCUAGUGAGGAUGAACGCAUCCUUCAAGAAAUGGAGAAAAUGAAAAAUAAGGUGUUUCAUUUGGCCAGGCAGUACAGUCAGCGUAUCAAAAACAACAGACCGAUGGUAAAGCAGAGGCCCAAGAUCUCAGACAACCAUUUCGUGCCCAAGAACCUGUCUUGCGUGAUGGAGGAGAGACCUCCAGGAAAAGAGAAAGGCAUUCCUGACAAGCCACUGUUGUUGAACUUGAAUGAGCAGGACCUUAUCCCGGACUCUACGACUACUAGUCCAACUUCCAGCCUCUGUUCUCCUGGAAGUCCUCAGUUCUUCAAUUGCAGAUUAAAUGCUCAGAGACCACAAAGUCCUAUACAAACCGAGACCUUCAACUGGCCGGAUGUAAAAGAGUUGCGUUCCAAAUAUAACAAGCAAAGUCAAGAUGAUGCAACCGCUUCCCCUCGUCCGUUCCCAGUGGGUCGCAGUACUUCUUUUUCAGAAAGAGCUCUGGAAACUGGAUCAGAGAGAUCCAGUGCAUCGUGUUCAUUGUCUUGUUCGUCCCCUUUCAGCAAUAGCACAUUGCAGAGAUCUACUUCAAUAGAUUCUACAUGUUCCAGCAAGACCCUUGAAGGGGAAGGUUUGCCUUCGCUGUGUAGCGGUAAUGCAUUUGAUUCCGGCUUGGGAUCCACUAAUGCACACGAGCAACUGGAGAGAAGUUGUGAUUCUGGUCAAGAUGGGAACAACCUUGUUUUAGAGACGACUUGCUUGGGCAAGCCUGAAGAGGAUGAUUCAGCAAUGGUUUCACAAUCUGAACUUGCAGUGGCAAACAGUAAAGAGCACAACUUUAGUGAAUGCAUGGAAAACGCUGAGAACAGUCAACAUAGUUUGGUUAAAACCUGCGGGAUAAAUUUCUGAAUUCUAAUACUUGAGACUUUCUUACUCUUUACACUCGGAACCUUAAAAUAUCUUACAGCUAGGAUUCCUCUCUCGAAAAUAUGUAAUUUGGCCACUGUUUGAGAGGCUAAGUAAGUCUUACACAUGUUUGGUGUUCUGUGUUUAUGGAAAGCAAGCAUGACUUUUAAAUUCCAGUUAUGAAUUAUCCAACUGAAAAAGGGAUGCUUAUGGACCUCAAAGAAUAUAUUUAUGAAAUUUGCAUUUGUAAAUAUAUGUGUAUAUUUCAUUGAGAUGUAAACAUUUGUUAAAGAAGCUGACUCUGGUACUGUACUUUUGGAAAAGUGGUUAAAUGUGUAUUUUUUUCUUUCAGACAUUUCGAAAUAAAAAGCAAUAAGGAAGACUAUAUAAAGUAACAGGUCCGUGCAUACUAAGUUACCAAUGCAUCUGUUUUUGUUUGAACUUUAUUAGUACACAUUUUCACGUUUCUGGAAGAGCACUGUAAUAUUAAAUGCAAUCUGUUAGUUAUUUUUGGUAAGCAUUGCCUGAUGUCUCUUCACUGUUUGUGUUCAAGCUCUGACCAGAGGAAAGACCGUAAUCUCAUAAAGACGUCAUUCCCCACUAAUGAGAAGAAAAUUAGAAAUCAUAAUCAGAUUAUGCUGAUGAAUGAUAAACGGUGACAAAGACUGAUGUAAAAUUCAAUCUGAAAUCAGAAAUCGGUCAAAUAGUGCUCAGUUUGACUGAAUGUUGGGUGUCAAAUUAAAAUGCUGCUUUGUUGACAACAUAUCGUGCUUGUUUUUAAUUAUUUAAAUGUCAGAUGUGAAUUUAAAAAUCUGAGAUUGAGAAUUUGCAAUUUGCUUAUUGAGGUUAUUAAAGUAUACGUCAUUUGAGCAAUAUAUAAUGCACGGUCACAAAAUGUGUAUCGGGUCAUGUUUAAUGGGAUAUAUUAUAAGCUAGCUUGUUUUUGGUUGUAUCUUUCUGCUCAUUGGUGGGAUUUAUCUCCAGGCAUGAUGUCACUGUUUUCUUAAUAUUUUUUUUAUUUAUUUGAAUUGGUGUAAAUAUGAUGCACAAAUUCCUAUGUAAAAAUGUUCAGUUCAUAUCCUAUUUUUCUGAUAUACUACAUUAAAAGAAACUUUCCAUGCUUUAAACAUUA